UGUUUUCUUAUUCAGUUAUAACAUAAUGCGCAUUAAUUCUUGAAUAUUAAAUAUUGAAUAUUUGUUGAGUUUAAAACAAAAGCAAAAAUAAUAUUAAAGGCAUCAUAUGGGCACCAAAGACAACUUGUAUCACUUUAAAGAGUCGAAAUGAGUUUAAGCUUGGUUCGCAAGCGGCGGAUUUCCGGCGGUGGUGUAAAUGAUUCCCAAACAGCACCUACCAAACGACGAUUAACGCAAAACAAUUCUACACAAUCUCAAGGAGCCAACACUAGUAUAAUCCAGGAUAAGCGAUGUGGAAAGAUAUUGUUGAUGCAUCUAACAAACUUUAUGUGUCACUCUAAUCUAACCGUUGAAUUUCAUUCUCGAGUAAAUUUUUUGGUGGGAAGCAAUGGAAGUGGCAAAAGUGCUAUACUUGCUGCUUUGGUGUUGGGAUUGGGUGGAAGUGCCAGAACGACCAACAGGUCUCGAAGUGCAAAAGCUUUUAUAAAGAAUGGGGAAACCAGCGCAAAAAUUGAAAUAGUUUUGGCGAAUGAUGGUGCCCAGCCGUAUGAGCCCGACGUAUAUGGUGACAAGAUUAUCAUAGUUGUCAGUAAGAAAGUCGAUGAUUUGCACAGAAUUCUUAUGUAUCAUAAUGUGCAAGUGGAUAAUCCGGUUUUUGUACUAAACCAGGACAGCGCUAGAGAAUUUUUAAAGGAAUUGGAACCUUCAAAAAAUUAUCAGCUUUUUCUAAAAGCGACACAAAUUGAUGUCGUUCAUGAAAAACUAGCCGAUUCCCUUCAUUUACACAAAGAUCACAUGGAAGAAUUAAAAAAUUAUGAAAUUAGAUUAAAAAAAGAAAAGGAAGAUAUAGCCGAACAUGAAAAUAAACUGAAAGAGCUUUUAUCAUUUGAAAAACUAAUGGAUGUUCUUAAACGCUUGGAAAUCGAGCAUGCAUGGCAAAAAGUUCAGCAAUGUGAGAAUCAACUUCAUGAAAUAAGCGAUAAACUUGCAAAAUACGACGAAAAGGAGCGUGAACUUAAAAAUCUAAUACAGAACAAAGAUGAAGUUUGCCAAAUAUUAAGUCAGGAAAUCAGAAAAGAUGAAGAAGGAAUAACGUUGAAAAACAGUAAUUAUGAUAAAGUCAACAGGGAGUACAGGGAGUUAAAGAAUAAAGAUGAUGAGAUAAACAAGCUAACAUCCGAAUUUAAAAACUCCCUAGACAUACUAAAAAAGAAAAAAUCUCGGUUGGAGCAUCAGAUUGAAGAAAUUAAGAAAUAUAUCGAUGAAAAAUCUCAAGGCAAUCAAGAUGAUGUAGAUACUUUACGUGCUCAAAACCAAAAUGAAAUUUUAAAACUUCGCCAGCAAUGUGAAAGUCAUGUAGGCCCAAUGAUUGAAAAUAUUAAGCGCGAACUUAAACUCCAUAAUGAUAGCAAGGCACAAAAGGAACAAGUAGUAAAUGAAAUUAAACGCCAACAAAGGGAGUGCUUAGACGAAAUACGUCUUCGAAGUGUAGAGAUAGCCAAUGUAAAAGCCAGUGCCAAAAAUAAGAUAUUAAUAUACGGAAAGCAUAUGCCCGAGCUUUUGACAGAUAUUCGAAAAGCACAUUCACAAGGCCUUUUUUCUACGUUACAGGGACCUAUUGGCAGUUAUGUAGAUGUGGCCAACAGCCAAUACCGAGAUGUUAUUGAAAACUCCAUCGGCCGUGGAUUGCUGGGAGCAUUUCUAGUAAACAAUGCAAAAGAUAGGCAAAUCUUGGAAAACAUUUUUACUAAAUAUGAAAAUUGUCGUCCUAUUAUAAUAACUGUAGCAUUUUCCGACAAGGUCUAUGAUGUUAGUGGUGGGUGUGUAAACCCACCGAAAGGCACGCAUUUGCUUCUUCACGAAAUCAGAUGUUCUGAUGCAACUGUAAUGAACUGCCUUAUUGACCGUCUUGGCAUCGAAUCUAUUUUGCUUACAAAUAGUAAAGAAAUUGCCGAAACAAUUACUUCGCAUAUUGAAAAUGUUCCCAAAAAUCUAUCGAGGGUCUUGGUUCUCAAAGAAGGCAACAGUUGUAUGGAAUAUUAUCCUAUGCCGAAGUAUCGAAUGUAUUCAAAUAAAGUUAGACCAGCCAAUUACAUACAAGUUAAUAUCGAAGAACGUAUUAGGCACUUGGAAAAUGAAAAACAAUCACUAGAGCUAAAGAAUAAAUCAUAUGAAACCGAUCUGAGUCAAAUGAGCAAUCAAAUACCUCAAGUUAUUAAGCUCAUACAAGAGCAACGGGAACUUUUAUUAAAACAAGAAAAUGCCCACCGAGAGAUUAUGGAAAAAAUAGCGGAACUGGACAAUAUAGAAUAUGCUGAUUAUAGUAACGAAAUUCAGUUCUUGGAAAAAGAAAUGGGUGAUUAUGAAACUCACCUAGCAGAAAUUGAACAAAAAAUAAGUGAAACGAGAGGUCAAUUAUCGGAUGUUGACAAUGAAAAAAUUCAAAUUGGAGCGGAGCUGCAAUCCAAAGAAAAUGAACUUCAGAAAAUAAAAAAUGACAUAGAGGCUUUCAAGUCUACUGUAGAUCGAAAGAAAAUGAAACUCCGUAGUGUUAACAACAACGAUUCUUCGUAUCGCGUCAAAUUGUCGGAAGUGCAAGACGUCAUAAAUAAAUUGAAAGCUGAGCAUAUGGAAAUGUCAAGAAAAGUUGAUGCUUGUACAAAAGAUGCUGCAGAAAAAGGUGAACGAAUUGAAAGCGAUCUAAGUGGAGAUCAACUCCAAGACGAGAUAUCAAAAGUAAAGGCAAAAAUUAAACAUGGUAAGCCAGUGAGCUUGGACCCACGGUCCAUGCGACAGCUAAUUAUGACAAAGAAAGAGGCAUUACUAGCCAAUGAAGGCAAAUAUGAGAACAUAAAGCACUCCAUUUAUUCGCUAAGAAAAUCUUUAAGAUUCCGUUUCGACUUUUUAAAGAAACUGAAGGAACACAUGGCAAUGCUUUUACAAAUAUCGUUUAACACGAUUCUGCGAUUGCGCAACUUUGAAGGUUCAUUGGAUGUAAAUCACCAGCAGAAAACAUUGAAGCUUUCGGUUAUACCACGCGGUCAUAAUAAAAAUGCAGUUUCCGACACGAAAUCUUUGUCUGGAGGAGAACGGUCUUAUAGCACUGUAGCUUUUCUCAUAUCUUUAUGGUCAUGUGUUGAUCAUCCUUUUUGUUUUUUGGAUGAGUACGAUGUUUUUACGGAUGAAGUGAACCGAGAGUACAUGACACGUCUGCUCAUCGAUGAAGGACGUAGACGUCCACUUCGACAGUAUUCUUUCUUAACGCCUCAAGAUAUGACAUUGAUGUCCGAAGACUUUAUAAAGAUAUUACGAUUGGAAGAACCAGAACGCAUUUAAUGUAUUAUUUAAAUUUGUUGGUUAUUUUAUAACAGCAACUGGAAUUGCAAACAUUUUAUUACACUAAAUAUAAUAUGCAUAUGUACCUUUUUAUUACUUUUUA